CUGAGCUGGGGACACAAGCAGUGGAAGCUGGCAGGCUCUGCCUGCCCCUCCUCAGGCUCCUGGAAUUAACUGCACCCAUGUGCGCCCUGUAUACCAAUGCUGGGUGCCGGGACCUGCCGGAAGGGUCCAUGGAAGAGGAUGAUGAUGACGACUAUGAGAACAUGACGCCACCCUACAAGGACCUUCCUCCCAAGCCAGGUUGGAUGGCUCCACCAAGACCUCCCAGGGCAGGAAAGAAAUCGGAGAGGCCCCCACUUCCCUGUAAGCUCCCGAAGAACACGGGCCUGAAUGUCACCCCGGUCACCAGCUUGACACCUCAGCUGGGCACUGAUCUGAUGCAUCUUCCAUCCCAGUCACCUGUAGCCACAACUCCAGUGCCCUGGAUCAGUCAGAAGUUCGGAGGUCUUAUGUGUUACCAGGAGAGACUGUUGGUGUACCUGUGUCUGCUGGUGGUGGUGUCACUGCUCAUGGGCUGCACCAGUCUGGUUGUGACUCUGAUCAAGUACCAGGAGGUGGUGGAAGAACUGAGGAUGUUGACCUUCCAGCAUAUGGCAUGGCGAGCGAAUGUGACCGGCAUGGUGGGGUUAGCUGGCCUGAAGAAGGACCUUGAGCGCAUAAGAGCUGACACCAACCAGUCCCUGCUGGAACUUCGGGGCUUAUUAGACUGUACCAGGGUCACCUGCCCUGAAGGCUGGCUCCCUUUUCAGGGUAAGUGUUACUACUUCUCUCCAAGCACCAAGACAUGGGAUGAAGCCCGGACGUUCUGCCAGGAGAAUUACUCUCACUUGGUCAUCAUCAGUAACUCUGAUGAACAGGACUUUGUGGCCAAAGCUCAUGGAUCUCCACGGGUGUACUGGCUGGGGCUGAAUGACAUAAACGUCGAAGGGGACUGGAGGUGGCUGGAUGGGUCACCCGUCACUUUGAGCUUUUGGGACCCACAGGAACCCAACAACCUCUAUAAUAAUGAGAACUGUGCCAGCAUGAACAAGGGUGGCACCUGGAAUGACCUCUCCUGCGACAAAACUACGUAUUGGAUUUGUGAGCGGAAGUGUUCCUGUUGAACCCCAGAGCUGAGGCUGGGUGGAGGUCCAUCCGUACCCCAUGCCCCUCGGCUCUUGGAGGUGAGAACCUCCCGCCCUUCUGGAACUGACAUGAAUAGUGGGAACUGGCAGCACCCAGGAUGGAACCACCGGACGCAGCAAGUUCCCUGGGGUGCAAGUCAGAUCACUUCUGGGGUGAGGACUUGGGGCUUGUUCAGUUGCAUGGUGUGUUAGUCUGCUCAGGCUGCUGUUACCAAAUACUGUACCCUGGAUGGCUUAUACAUAACAGACGUUUUUUUCCCCUCAAAGUUUUGGAAGCUGACAAGCCCAGGAUCAAGGCUCAGAGAGAUAUAGUGUUUAGUGAUGACCUGCUUCCUGGUUCAUGGAUGUCAUCUUCUCACUGUGUCCUCACAUGCUGGGAGGAAUGAGAACUCUCUGGGGUCCAUUUUUAUUUUUUAAAGACUUUUUAUUUUGUAUUGGGGUAUAGUCAACUAACAAUGUUGUGAUAGUUUCAGGUGAGCAGCGAAGGGACUCAGCCAUACAUACACACGUAUCCAUUCUUCCCCAAACUCCCCUCCCAUCCAGGCUGCCACAUAACACUGAGCAGGAUUCCCUGUGCUCUAUAGUAGGUCCCUGUUGGUUAUCCAUUUUAAACAUAGCAGAGUGUACUUGUCCAUCCCCAACUCCCUAACUAUCCCUUCCCUGCAUCCUUCCCCUGGGCAGCCUCAAGUUCAUUCUCUAAGUCAGUGAGUCUCUUCCUGUUCUGUAAGUAAGUUCAUUUGCAUCGUUUCUUCUUAGAUUCCACAUACAAGGGCUGUCAUAUUAUAUUGGGGUCCCUUUUAUAAAGACACUAAUCCCUUUCAUGAAGGCUCCACCCCAAGACCUAAUCACCACUAAGGCCCUACCUCCUAAGAGCAUCACACUGGGGUUUGGGAUUUAACAUGGAAGUUUUUUGGGGUUGUGGCGUUGGUGGGACACAACUCAGUCCAGAGUAGAUGAGCAGGAGGGAUAUAAGGUUUUAGUAAUGGUCUCCCAGUUCUGGGUCUGGAGGGAACUCACCAGGUCCCUGAUCAUGGCUCUUAGGAAACCAUAUGGACUCCAGGAGCUCCAAGUCUGACAUUAUUUGAGCUGGAACUGAAAAUCCUAUGGCUCCUUUGGACCAUGAUCAUGAUGUGAUGGGACUCGGACCCUUUACUGCCUACCUGAUGUGAACCAACUUCUGGGAAGCCAUGCCAUGCUCACUGCUCAGUCGUGUCUGACUCUGCGACCCCAUGGACUGUAGCCCACCCGAAUCCCCUGUCCAUGGGAUUCUCCAGUCAAGAGUACUGGACUGGUUUACAUUUCCUUCUGGGAAGCAGGUGGGGCAAUGAUUCCUGACAUGCAACUGUUUCCAUGUCCUGGGUGAGGUUUACCCAACCUAGGUGGUGGAAUCAGACCUCUGCCAAGACUUGAGCCGUGGAACUUCUAGAAAGGGAGACCAGCUGAAAGUCAAAAUUCCUCACCUAGGCCAGGCCAUGACUUUGUGAGAUCCUCAGGACAAUAAUGGAGACAUCUUCCUACCUGCUUGUGCCUUUAGGUGGUUUGUGAAGCUCUUUGAUGAAGUAAUUCAUUUUACUAUGGAUGGAUUUUCUUGGACUAUUAGCUCUUUUUUUAAAAAAAUUAUUUAUUUUUAAUUGAAGGAUAAUUGCUUUACAAUAUUGUGUUGGUUUCUGCCAUAUAUCAACAUGCAUCAGCCAUAAGUAUAUAUAUGUCCCCUCCCUCCUGGCCCUCCCUCCCACCUCCUACCUCAUCCCACCCCUCUGUUGUCGCAGAGUACUGGGUUUGCGUUUCCGGCAUCAUAUAGCAAAUUCCCACUGGCGUAUUUUACAUACAGUAAUAUGUAUGUUUCCAUGCUACUCUCUCCAUUAGCUCUUGCAAUGUUGUUGUUUAGUUGCUGAGUCAUCUCUGACUCUUUGUGACCCCAUGGACUGUAGCCUGCCAGGCUCCUCUGUCCAUGGGAUUUCCCAGGCAAGAAUACUGGAGUGGGUUGCCAUUUCCUUUUCCAGGGGAUCUUCCCAAUCCAGGGAUUGAACCCGAGACUUCUGCAUUGGCAGGUGGAUUCUUUCCCACUGAGUCACCAGGGAAGCUCUCUUGCAACUUUAGAUCUUUUCAAAAUAAUCAGUUCACUGUGUGGUCCUUGCCUACUGUGUCAGUUUGCUGGGACUGUCAUAAUAAAGUGUCAUAAACUGACUUAAACAACAGAAAUGUCUUUUUAUUUU